AUGAUCAACAAGAAUUAUUUAUUAAUUGAAUUAUGCGAUACUGGAAUUGGUAUUGAUCCAAAAGUUAUGAGAUAUAUUUGGGAAUGUUUUUCACAAGUGGAAACAUCAAUUACUAGGGUACAAGAUGGUAUAGGAUUUGGCCUUUCAAACAGUAAACAUUUAGUAGCAAUUAAUGGUGGAAAAAUUAAUGCUGAAAGUCAGUUAGGAAAAGGGAGCAAAUUUUGGUUUACAUGGAAUAUUGACCUAUUACCGCCGAAAAUGCCAUUUAAUAAGCAAAUAAAUUAUGCAUUACCAUCUUAUAUCAUAUUGAAACGAAUAUUAGUAAUUCAUCCAGUAGAAAGUGUGAGAAAUGCAAUAUUGAAAUAUCUUAAAAUGGUUAAAAAGGUUGACGCAUUUGAUAUCUCUUGUAAAGGUAUCCAGGAAGCAAGAAAUUAUCUAGAACUGCACAAUCAAUCUGCUUAUGACAUAGUAUUUAUCAACCUUCAUGAAAAAAACAAAGAAGAAGUCAUGAAAGUUGUAUUGAAGUUAAGAGAAAUGAAUAUGUAUGGUAAUGAUUUAUUAGUUAUAUUUAUGUUACUUUCGAGUGAUAAAGGAACAGCUUUGGCCGAAAAUUUAACUUCGAACGUUGGAGGACGUACUGGUAUUAUUUAUUCACCAAUUACUUGGCAAAAGCUUAAUAAGUUAUUGUUAGAUGUGAAUGAUGAACAUAUUACUGAAAAUAAAGGUAUUUUAAAAAGAGCAAUUGAUUAUAAGAUUAGCCAUGCCGGGAGUACAAAUCAAGAUUUAUAUAAAGAUGUAAAUGAGGCAAUUUUUAAAAGUAGAUCAAGAUCUGUUUCUAGGAGUAAAUGUAUUUUGUGCGUGGAUGAUAAUUUUACUGAUUUAAAGGUUAUACAGCAGCAACUUUCAGAACUUGGUUAUUCAACCAUUUCUGCAACAAAUAGUCAAGAGGCAAUUAAUAUAAUUAAAUCUGAAUUUGAACCAUUAAAUUUCAAUUGUUCAAAUUUAUCAAGUUCAGAUACAAAUAAAAUAAGUUCCCGCAGAAUUUCUAUGAUUUUGAUAGGAUAUAAUUUACAAACAAUAUCAGUUUUCGAUAUUUCACGAGCAAUUAGAUCUAUGGGACCACAUGUUUCAAAUAUACCAAUUGUCGCAUUGCUCACGGAAGAAUUACGUGACAAAUGUAUAGAGUCUGAAAUAAACGAUUAUCUUACCAAACCUUUUAAAACCCAACAACUUGAAGCUGUUCUAACCAAAUGGAUUAAUAAUGACGAAAAUUAA